AUGGAACUCGUUACGGCAAUUGCGGAACAAAGUCGAGGUGCUGCGUUGGAAAACGAAAUGUUCACUGCAACCGCAAUGACUUGUGCUCAAACCUGGCGACAUGCAGGUACGAAUGGUGUCAAAGAUUCUCGCGACAUGUUCUCAGCAAUUAACCGACAUGAACAAUUUAGGAUGUACGCACGAACUACCAUCAAGGCGCGUUUAUUCUCAAUGAUGACCCAGACGAUAAGUGACAAAUCUGGGGCGACGGUUUAUUCGCCUGGCCUGGUGGUCCUGGGAACGCGAUUUUACGAAAGUUCACGUUACGGAGAUGAAGAUAAAAAUGAUUCCGCCCGACGGUAA